AGCAAACCAACAUCAUAGUGCAUUCCAUUUCCGUCAUCUUGCCCCAGCCGACUACUUGCCCUUCGCGUUUAGCAUUUGCCUGGUAUCAUCGCUACCCCGCGCAGUAAUCUCUGACCCAACUGACGUCCGAGACGACGCUUAUCGCGCCGGAAGUCCGCAAAGAUGCCUCUACCACCGGAGACACAGCAUCUGCUAUCGUCGCACGACUUCGACUCCUCCGUGGAUGAAGUCCCUCGCGAACCGCAUUACACGCGCGCCGACCUCCUCUCGCUCAGCAAAAGCCAGCUCAUAGCCACCUUCCUGGACCUCCAAGGCCGCGCCGACCAGUACCUCUCCCACAUCGAAUCCUCGCUGCGCGCCCAACAGUCCCAAGCCGAAGUCCUCACCUCCAUCGAGCUACACUUGGACAUCCCCCCUCAGCUCACUGAAUCACACCACCAACACGUCGCGCUCGACCACGCUCUAACCUGGAACGAGAUCUACGGCCCGGACAGCGCCCUCCUCCUGCAAACCAGCACUCUCCAAACCCAAGUCACCACCCGCCGCCUGACCUCCAUCCGCGACCACAUCCGCGAAAGCGGCGGCGGCGACAGUUUUUCCCCCUCCUCCCCUAACCCUUCCAACGGCUUAUCCCUCAGCCCCCCAACCCUCUGCAAACACGUGCUCUCCACCACCAUCACCCGCAUAGCCCCCGGUUUCUUCCUCGCCGGCUCUGACGACCCCGAGCAAAAGGAGAACAUGCUCUCGUUCAAGCAGAUCGCUUUGGGCAUGAGCAUCCGCGAGUUCAUCGAGUCCUUUGCCGAAGACCAAGGCCGCGCAGAAGAGGACGACAACGAGCUCUGGCGACGUAUGGAAACCCCCCUCUUGCGCGCUCUGGCAACUCCGGAAAUGAGCGAUGCGGCCUGGAACCGGAUGGGCUUUCUCGGUGCUUGGUUCCGUGCUCAGAGGUCGGGACACUUUGAGGCGGAGCGGAUGCGGUUUUUGAUGGAGAUGCAGAGAGAAGCCAGGGAGAAGAUGAAGAACGAGAGAGCGGUGCCAAUGGUUUGUGUGCAGUGUAGGGAGGAGAAGGUGCUGCCUGUGGGGAAUGAAGUUGCUGCGAGGCUGGUUCAGGCGGAGGGAAAGCUGUUGGAGUGGUGGAAGGGAGGGAGGGAGGAGGUGGAGAGGGUGGUGGAGGGGAUUGUGGAGAGGUUUAGGGAGGAGGAUCGGAAGGAGGCGAAGAGGGCUUAUGAGGAGUUUGCGAGGAGUAUGGGGGUUGUUACUGCUGCUACUGGUACUGGUACUGGUACUGGUACUGGUACUGUUACUGGUGAUGCGGAGGCUGUGGAGGCUGAUGAGGCAAGACCGGCUGGACCGGCGGGAACGGGAUACCCGGUGCCGAUGCCGCCUGAUGAUUUGGGUCAUGCGGGAAGGUAUGAACCUGAGUUUCGGCCGAAGGAAAUUAACAGCUUGGUGAGGCAGGUUCAUAUGAGCAACUUGUAGAGUGGAAGGGAGUAUGUGUUGGAGAUACGGCAACAGGGGACCAAUUGGGGCCCGGAAGCCAACAAUCAUGUCUUCCUGGGGAUAGAAGUGUAUUACCCUAUUUCGGGAAAGUUGUGUAGCAGUAUCGACGAUGGAAAGGUUUUGAGCUUAGGGGUCAGAUGUCCAUAUGGAAUCCGACCAUGUCCGAGACGGUGGUUGGUAGAGAGAUUGCUCUGUACAUUGCUCUCUGGUGUUGCAGCAUUACCCGUUAGCUAUCAUCAUGGCGGUCAUCAUGAUCUGGCUGGAGUUUGGGGUGAUAAAGCAGGACGGUUUCUGUUCGGGUAUCUCUGGCUGUUGCAUCUAGCACAUCAUCUGCAUACCUAGGUAUCAAUAGUUAGAACUGGUUGUCAAUCAUCA